UGCUUUCUGAUUGGCUGAAUUUCUUCAAUUCCUGGCGGGGUUUUCUCCGCUGAUGAGUAAUGAGUAUAACAUUAUAAACACUACCUAGAUAUCUUAGCAACGGGUUUGUUUUUUGUUUGAUUUGUGUUGGUCUUGGACCCUGAAAUGAAAGUAUGGUUCCUUGAGAUUUGAAAAUAUUAGAAAGUAUUGUCAGGAUAAUGAGAAAACAAAAUUCAACCGUCAGAUUCAAAACAAUCGUGCAAAUAUUAUCAUAUGUUGAGGCAGGAAAUGUAACUACUACUACCUUGGCUUUGAUUUGUCUCCAUGAAGUUCUGAUUUAUGAUACACCUUGUUCGCAAGCAUUGAUUGAUGGAAAAGCAGUAAAACUGUUACUUAAUGUGUUGGAGACUAAUUUGCUUUGUACAAGGAGAUCACAAUUUACAGCCUUGAGAUGCCUGAGAAGACUUUGUGAAUGCAGAGCUCUCCAGAAGGAACUAAUAAAUUCAAGGGGUAUUAAUCUGCUGUUUCAUUAUCUAAAUGAUAAAGAUUACGAGUUAAUGCUUGAAACUUUAUGCAUAAUAUCAGAUAUUUCUUCUGAUCUAACCUGUGCGGAGGCUGCUCGAAGUUGUGGAGGAAUUCACAGACUUGUAUGUCUCUUAAAUGCUUCUCAGUCAAAAUUUACUAUUGCAUUUCAAGGAAGAAAAAAUGAACUUGUUCAGUUAAAGCUUGAAAUUGCUCAGAAUGCUGCAAAAUCUCUAUCUGCUCUUUGUAAUAAUGAUGAUAAUAGAAAAAUUGCAUGUUCUUCAAAUAUUCUUGAAGCUUGCCAAUUUUGGAUUCGAAGCAAACAUCAAAGAGUAACAAUACCUAUUCUGGUUUUGCUUCAAACCCUCUCAGUCAUGGUAUCUUUCAGAAAACAGGUUAUUGGUUCCAACAUGCUGCAAGAUGUAUUACAUCAUUUGCAUUCAACUGAUAUGGAAAUGAAACAGGCUGCUUCUGAUCUUAUUUUCAUAUGUGCUGAAGAUCAAGAAGCAUUUAAGCCCUUUCACAAGCAAGAAUUUCUAGCAGAGUUUUUCCAGAUAUUAUCCAAUAAAAGCCAUCAUAAGAAUGAAGCUCUGAUGACAUUAAUAUCUGGAAUAAUAUGGAAGUGCUCCAAAACUCACAUCUACAUAAAGCAGCUUGAAACAUUAGGUGUAAUGCCUGUUUUUAUCCAGUUACUGGAAAAUCAACCUGUACAGAUUAAAACUUAUAUUGUUGGAACAAUUGGCAUGUGUUUUUCUAGCACUGCUUUGCGAGAUAUGAUAAAAAAGACAAAUGUAAUUGACAUUAUUGUGAACUUUCUUCAAACAACUUACGUACCUUUGAUAAUAAAUAUUAAUGAAACACUAGCCAAAGGCUCUGAAGACGAAGGAAUUUUAGUCCAAUAUAUCCAUUUAAAUGCUGUUCAGCUUGUAUGGUCUUGUUUGAAAAAUUCUGAUAUUCAUGUUCAGAGCAGUGCAGCCUCUUCUUUGUGCACAAUAUUAAAGAAUAUGAAGAAAGCAAACAUGCAGAUGGAAAAUUCACUUGAUGGAAUUGAAUGCAUAAUUGAUUUAUUAACAUCAAAUUGUAAAAAGCUGCUAAUUCCUGCAUGUACUUUGAUUCAUCAUUUAGCCCAGGACAAAGGUGCUUUGUCUGUACUUGUUGAAUUUGAUGUUGCUUCUCAUCUAAUGAAGCUUAUGAAAACUCAUGACAAGAAGCUUCUACAACAGUUAUGUUUAGCUGCUGCUUCCUGUUGCUCUCUCCGGAAAGGUUGUGAAAAAUUUGCUGAGUGUGGAAUCUCAUGCCCACUUUUAAAGUUUCUAAAUGCAAAAGACAAAAUGUUGAGGGCUUUGGCUGCAUCUGCAUUAUCAGAACUUGUUUCUUUACCUGGCUGGUGCCCUCCAAACCAACAAAAUAGAAUUGUACCGGAAGUUAAGGGGGAAGAAAUGGUUCUCCUCGCAAGAACUGGUUUCGCUUCCCAACAGAACCAUCGGAAGAAAGAUUUUAACCACGAACAGGUAAAGCAAAAUGAUCCCGUAACAGCAUCAGCUCUAGUAAGUCUUGAGAAUUCAGGUUCUAGACUUGCAAAUUCUAUUAUCAAGGCUCUCAGUUUGCCCGAUUUAAAAGUUACCUUCUGGUCUGAUUCAACCACUGCCCUUUGGUGGAUAACAGAGCAAGGAAAUUGGUCCGUUUUCGUCGAAAAUAGGGUUAAAGAGAUUCGAGAGUUGACGCGAGGUCAUUCAUGGAGACAUGUCCCAGGGAAACUAAAUAUUGCCGACUUGUUAUCACGUGGAUGUUUUGCGAAGCAGAUGCUUCGGUCUAGAUGGUGGGAAGGCCCCUUGUGGUUGCGAGAAGGCCCUGAAAACUGGCCCACUG